AGUGUAAAGAGUAUAUUAGAGUUGUGUAUUAUUAAUUAAUUAUUACUUUUAGGACAAACUAGUGACGACUAUGGCAGAAACUGGCCCAUUUUCCAGCAGUACUGCUUUCUGUGCACGAUGUGGUUCUAUAUUACCACUGCUCCAAGAAUUCGGCUCGGUCAAAUGUUAUGCUUGCAAAGCCUCAUUUGAUGCUGAAAAUUUCAGCGACUUAAAAUUCAACUAUACAAUUCAUUUCAACACAGUAUCAGUGGUGAGCAAUGAAAAUAUACUGAAUAUGGAUGGUCCAGAAGGUCCUGUUGUGGAACGGAAGUGUCCGAAAUGUGGUCACGAUAGAAUGUCUUAUGCUACAUUACAACUGCGGUCUGCUGAUGAAGGACAGACCGUGUUCUACACUUGUAUAUCUUGCAAUGCGGGGGCCGGGCGGCAGGUGCGCGCAGACGCGGCGGCGCGCCAGUCUCCCGCGGCACUCGCUCCGACCACACGUCGCGACACACCGCUCAACUAUCGACAAACUCGACACAACAGCACACCAGAACGAAGUAAAGCACGUACGCAGCGGAGCGAGGGGGACUGGGAUGCCGUCUCCUCCUUUUGCGAAGCAGUCAUGCUAGCUAAGGAGGAGGCGGGACGCGUGAGGCAGCGAAGCGCUGCCUCCUCGCGACCCAGCCAUCGCGAAGGACACACCGGGCGUCGGGGAUCGCGGGACGAUCUCCGGCCACCGCGGGGGCAGUCAUUCGAUGAUUUUCCGCCCUUAGAACAAAAAAAAACCCAAACGCCCCUUUAG